AUGGCUCGAGCCGUCUCGCUUCAGCGCAGGCCAGUGGGUCUCCUCCUCGCUCUGCUCGCCUCAAUAGCUUUGCUCGCUCAACCUUCAGCUGCAAUCGCAUCGGUCACGCGUCGAGGAAAGUAUCUCUACCAGGGCAACGACCGAUUCUACAUCAAAGGCGUCGCCUACCAGGAGGCUGCCCCCAUAGCAGAGUCCACCGCUGCCAACGAUGACAAUGGUGGCUUUCCAGAGCCCGACAGCUUCACUGAUCCUCUCGCGCUUCCAGACGCGUGCACACGCGACGUUGCCAACUUCCGUGAUCUCGGCAUCAACACCGUCCGUGUCUAUUCGGUCAACUCGAGCCUCAAUCACGAUGCGUGCAUGUCAUCAUUCAGCAAUGCUGGCAUCUAUGUGAUCCUCGACCUCGCGCUCCCACUCAACGGCUCCAUCAACCGCGCACAGCCCAGCUGGGAUGUUGGUCUGCUUGACCUCUACGCAUCAACCAUUGACGUCUUUUCCAGGUACGACAACCUCCUCGCGGUCAACAUCGCAAACGAGGUCGUCACGCAACCGUCGAAUGCCAAUGCUGCUCCCUUCAUCAAGGCGGCGGUGCGUGACAUCAAGGCCUACCUCCGCUCUAAAAACUCCAACGUGCUUGUAUCCUACUCUUCCACCGACGGUCCUUCCGGAGUUAACCAGUGGCGAGACAUGCUCGCCUACUACCUUACGUGUGGUAGUGCAGACACCAGUGUCGACUUGUACGGUCUCAACUCCUACUCGUGGUGCGGCAACAGCUCAUACACGGCAUCCGGCUACAACACGCUUACUAGCGACUUUAGCUCGCUGCCAGUGCCAGCCUAUCUCGCCGAGUUUGGCUGUGUCGAGAAUGUCGGCACCAACAACCGUCCCUGGACCGAAGUCGCAGCGCUUUUCUCCGCCCCCAUGACCGACACUUUCAGCGGUGGUGUCGCCUUCUCAUACUUUCCUCAGGACACUGGCCCCGAUUACGGACUUGUCAGUGUCUCGGGCAACACGGUGAACACGCGAUCCGACUGGCAGGCGCUCAAGAGGGAGUUUGCCAACACUUCGGCCCCGACCAGUGCUCCAUCGGGUUCGUCUAGCUCGCCAGCCUACGCAGCAUGCCGGGGCAACACCAACAACUUCCCCGCAUCCACCGUUCUUCCUCCAACACCCAAUGCACAGCUGUGCAACUGCGUCGAAUCCAACGCCUUCAGCUGCGCGCUCAACCCAGCCACAUUCAACUCGCCCAGCAUCAUCGGUACCUUGACAGGUCAGGCCUGUACCUACUUGUCCGAACAAGGCGGUUCCUGUGCAGCCAUCUUGGCCGACGGCGAGUCGGGUACCUAUGGCGACUACUCCUUCUGCACUUCCGCACAGCGACUCGAGUGGGCCAUGUCUCAGUACAACGUUGUGACCAACUUUAACGCCGACUCGUGCAGCUUUUCCGGAAAUGCAAGUGUCAAGGUUCCCCCACAACCCAUGGCUUCAGCCAUCAACGAUGCCUUUUCAACCUGUUUGGCGCAGAACCCGGUGGGUGUGUCGACGCCAACACCCCACGCGGGGCCGGCGACGGUCAACAGCACGGUUAGCGCUUCCACUGCUGCGCCCUCGCAGACCGGUUCCGGUUCCGGCUCCGGUUCCGGCUCCGGUGGCGGUAAUUCCAAUUCUGCCUCGGCCAGCUUCCAGGGUGGCAAGGGGUUGGCUACGGCCAUGACGCUCGGUGGGGCUGUCGUUGCUGCUUGGUCGAUGCUUUGA